CCCCCAUUGAAAAUGGAACUCAAGAUAUUAUUUUCCGUUCUUCUGUGGGUUGUUUCUCUUGAAAUAUACUCCUGUCAAGACAAGGAUAUUCCAUACAAUGAUACUGAAGGACAUCUCAGAAAGAGGCUGACGAUUGGCACGGAAGUAGCCUGGAAGAGAUGGCCCAAUGGAGUUGUGCCAUACUGCUACGACGCAGCACUUCCGGCUUCCCGGUAUCCCAUCUACACCGCGGCAAUGGACGCAUACUCGAAACACUCGUGCAUCAGCUUCAAGCACUUCGGCUGUGCCUACCUGUCCGGUGGAGGAAUCAACCUCAAGAGUGGGGGCGCUGGGUAUGCGUAUUACGGAAGACAAUGGAACUUGAAAGGCACCAUACUUGGUUCAGAAUAUCAAAUGAUAGCCCAUGAAUUGUAUCACGUGAUCGGUGGGUACCAUGAACAGCAGAACUACAAAUCGAUUGCCACAGCCCAGUUGAUGUACAAGAACAUCAUGCCAUAUUACAGGAAGCAAUUUGUACCAGUAUAUUCCGAGAAAGACAACAUUGUUGACCAUGAGGUCAUCACAUACCACUUCGACUUUGCCUCCCCGACACUAUAUUCACGUUAUCUUCCGUCUGUAACCGGGUUUCCCGUCUACGAUGUCAUGUAUCCUGAUCAGUAUUUCACAGAUGAAAAGCGCGUCUUCCUUGACCAGAUAUCGGAAGAAAUAAACGAGUUCUACAACUGCUGGGAACUGAAGUCUUGUGGGACGAAGCCCAUAUGUGAUAACGAAGGCUACCCAGGCUACUACAACAGACAGUGUGGGUGUGUGUGUCCCAGAGGACUCGAUUCAGCGUCCAACUGCGCCGCUAUCAAAACUAAACCUUCUGGUUCGUGGCCCGACACCGACAUAAAGUUGUUGAAAACGACGUCGGGCUGUCCAGCUGGAUUGAAGGAGUCCACUGUUGUCGUGACCGGCGUCACUGCCAUGACGAAGUCAUCAAACUACAACCUGGCGACGGCGUUGUCUGGCGACACGUUGACUGUGUACCUCUGCAGCAAGCCGUCUGCUGGAAACACGGAGGUGUGGGACCACGGCAUGAACGGCUUUCUGGCGGGAAACAACCAGUGUCCGUCUGCCAUUGAAAGUGGAGACAUCAAGUUUUACGCCGCAGAUGGCUCGAGCGCUGGAUCCCUGGAUUUCUGUGUUCAGCAAGGGCUAGUCGAGGAACCGCUGAUGGGACUUCCCACAACAGACGAGUUCGCCGUUUUCUCUCGAGCAAGCACCUGCCAGGAAAUAGACGGUUUUGUCGCCAACAGAGAAUCCUUCACCAUAUCCCACCCGAAUAUCACGGACAUGCCCGCUCUUCCAAAGUACAGCAAGAAGUUGAAAAAUGGCAAAUUCGACCUCAAGCUCGACUACUGUGUUUACAAACCUCUGACCUACAACUGUGGUGGAGUGAUCAAGUUGGAUUCUACAAAUCGAUUCACCGUGAUCAGCUCGCCUAACUACCCCGCGGCCUACCCACAGAACACGGAAUGUAACUGGUUCAUAGAGGUAGAACAUGACGCCACAAUCAGAGCCGAAUUCAAGGCUUUUGAUGUGAAUGCUGCCGAUUCCUUCACUCACAGACGAUACAUCCUUAAUGCCAUUCCAGUGAAGCUAUCGUCAGGAAGUGCCUUACCUCGAAACGUCGUGUCGAUCAACAACCGAUUGGCAUUCAACUUCCGGUCCGGAUUCGUCGGCACUCCGGGAACUGGUUUCCAAAUAAACAUUACGCGUCUUGGAGCUGAGGACUACUGCUACAGUUUGAGCGACAAGGGUGAGAGCUACGACGGUAACUGGAAUUAUGCCAUCGACGGUACAAAAUGUCUGCCGUGGAGCCUCCGCCUUAACCAAAAUCUGACAUCCAGUGGAUACGCGGACUACACAGGGAGUACGAGCACCUUUCUGACGGGUUCGGCUUGUAGAAACCCGCAAGGAAAACUCGACAAACCGGCGUGUUUAACGUUCGCCAAGGGAGGCAACUUCACUGUACGAUACUGCGAUGUGUGUCAAAUUGAGUAUGGAACACAAGAUAUAUACGAUGAUUGUGAAACAGCUAUUGCCGCCGAGCCCUCGAUCUGCACGGGCUCCACUGCUGGGAAGUGUCUGGAAACUUGCGAACUUAACGGACUAAUACCACUGAUUUUGCCUCCUCCAACAGUGGAUGAACAAACGUGCCCGACGCCGCCGAUUCCGUCGGAUGCGACGCAGACCUCAGAAACCGUGAAGAGCACAUACCACCCUGGUGACACAGUGCGACUCCAAUGCAUGGAUUCCGACAAGGAUGUCAGCGUGACCUGCAUGACGUCAGGGAAAUGGUCGGAAUGGAACGAACCCUGUAAAGGUUGUCCCCCUGGUUUUGCUGAAAUCUCCGACAAAUGUUGGAAACCGAUUGGUCGGCUAGACCACAGGUUUGACGCCAAGGCCCAUUGUGUGAACAACUACAACGGUACCCUGAUGACCAUCAGAACGAUAGAAGAACACGAGUUCUUCUACGAAUGGAGGAAGACGUUAGGAGCCGAGAAGGAAUGGUGGAUAGGCGCGGCUGAUUGGGACCAGAAUGGCUUCAAGUAUGAUGAUGACCAGACACUGAUGUCGUCGUAUGAAACUGGCGAUCAGUUUGAAUUGCCCAAAGAUGCGCGGUAUUCAAAGAACUGUGUUAUCCACGGUAUUUGGGAGAAAUGGCAUUCCUCAAAAUGUAUGAGAACGAGUCAGUAUAUGUGUGAAAAACCACUGGCAGGAAGUCCAGUGACAUGCAAAGAUCGCAAACGGGAAUGUAUCACUCUGCUGAGAGAGAACCCAAUGGCCUGUACAGACCCUGUGGUGAAGACCAACGUUUGUCCCUACACGUGUGGGGCUGAGGUCUGCAUGACGUCUGGCAAUGAAUGCUCCAAUUUACAAACUCCUGCCAACGCAGCUAUGGUAGAGGCCAAAACCUCCUUGGGUCCUGGAGAAUUCGUCCAGUACACGUGUGAUCCAGGAUACGACCUUCAGAGUGGAUCCCUGACCAGGGCGUGUCUCAGAAAUGGCCAACUCACUGGGUGUCCGCCUGUGUGUGUUGCUUCUGGUAACGCGGUGAUAUCGGUGAAUGAUUUCCCCAUGGGAAUGUUCCGUUCCAUUACCCCUAUAGGUAUUGUGUUUAUGGGAGAAUCGCAACAGUUUAAGGUCACUCGCAAUGGAAAAAUCUACUCGUGGCAGGUGUACUGCGCCAACAACGGUGAGGUCUAUAUGCAGGUGUGGAGAAAACAGUCAGGAAUGACGUAUAAACUGAUUGGUCAGACAAUAGUGCAGUGUUACGCCGGUCUUUCAAGGGACAUAACUCUUAACAGCACAGCGAGAAUUCCAGUCCAAAGCGGUGAUGUUCUUGGCUUCUUUGACAGCACUGGUGGAACUUUAACUUACUAUUCCUGCAGGAAUAACCUGAUGCCAGAGUUCGCCAACAUUCACGUGUACGCAGCAUGGCCAUCCGCCAUGGUCGUGUCAGCUGACAUAACCUUUGUCAGCAACCAAUGCAAGAUGUUUGCAGUGAACGCCAAAAUAGGACCAUAAGUGCCGACUCGAGCCUGACCUCUCUCUUCAUUGACGACAAGAAAUAAAUCAAGAGACAAACUUACAACUGCGUUGUACCGAAGGAAAACGUGUAUUUUGUUUGUUAUAUCUCGAAAACAAAAGUUAUGACUAAUAAAAUAUUUGCAUCGC